GAUCGCUACGCAGCAAAACAUAGCCCCGUUAUUACCAAUGUAUCAGCGCGUUGGUAAAUACGGGUACAAAAAUAUACUGCAAGAGCGUAAAUUAUGUCUCCAGGUUGGCCUCCUGAGAUCAGAUGACAUUAGCAACGUCGAACGAUGCCAACAAAACCUACACAGCAUCCAGUCAAGACUGGACAAAUGUGGCAAUGGAAAUGUCAUAUACGAAGUACCGGGUCUAUUCGAAACCGUAGCCUUGCUCUGCCGUUGGUUGGAUAUAGCAAUAGCAACCAGGCACCCCCGGCUACUUGCAUUCAUGGCGACGUGGGUGGUGUGUUGUUGUCAACAUGGUUAUGACUGGAAACGAUGCUAUGGCUUCGUCGGACCAAUAACAUAUCGACCAUGUUUGCUUACUUUCGGAGUACGGAAUGCAAGUAUAUACCGAGCGAAGGAUCGUGGUGUCGUUGUUCAUCGUAGUAGCUGCUCCCACAACGGCAGUAGUGUCGCUCAAAAUGGUAUCGAACAACGCAGGUAUAAAGAUGAGAAUUGUUCCAAGAUAAAUGCUUCAUAAAGCUCUGGAAUUCUCAAGCUAUUAUUGCUGAAAAGUACUACUAAUAAUAUUUAUCUCACGGUAGGCUCGAUCCAACAGCAUCCGCAUAUCCAUA